AUGGCAUCUAAAAGCUUUCUACCUGAAGAGGAUUUCACCUGUCCUGUUUGCUUUGACAUUUUCAAGGAUCCCGUCCUUCUUUUGUGUAGUCACAGCUUCUGCAAAGUCUGCCUUCAGAAGUUCUGGAGAGAGAAGAAAUCUAAGGAGUGUCCAGUUUGUAGAAAAAAAUCUUCAAUGGACAAUCCACCACUGAAUUUGUCUUUGAAGAACUUAUCUGAGUCUUUCCUGAAGGAGAAGAGUCAGAGGGCUUCAGGAGGGUCUGAAGUACUCUGCAGUCUGCACGGUGAGAGACACAAGCUGUUCUGUCUGGAGGAUAAACAGCCCAUAUGUGUGGUGUGUCAGGCUUCCAGGAAACACUCAGGACACCAAUUCCUUCCCAUAGAUGAAGCUGCACUAGAUUAUAAAGAACAGCUCAAGGCUGUACUGAAACCCCUGCAAGAUAAAGUGAAAGAAUUUGAAGAAGUGAAGAAAACAUUUGACCAAACAGCCAGUCACAUUAAGGUCCAGGCCCAUCAGUCAGAGAAGCAGAUCAAGAAGGAGUUUAAGAAGCUUCAUCAGUUUCUGAAAGAUGAAGAGGAUGCCAGAAUAAGAGCACUAAAGGAGGAAGAGAAGCAGAAGAGUUUUAUUAUGAAAGAGAAGAUUCAAGAAUUGAGCAAGGAGAUGUCCAUUCUUUCAGAUACAAUAACCGCCAUUGAAAAGCAGAUGGUUGCUGAAGACAUAAUCCUCUUGCAGAGAGUUUCAGGAGCUCUGAUUGAUGUGGCAAAGCACCUGGGCAACCUGAAGUUCAGAGUCUGGGAGAAGAUGAAGGACAUAGUUCGGUUCACUCCUGUAGUGUUGGACCCAAACACUGCAAACCCAUCGCUCUUCAUUUCUGAGGAUCUGACCAGCUUUAAAAUGAUAAAUUCUACAAAGACAGUCCCCAACAAUCCAGAAAGAUUUAAUGUCAGUGAAUGUGUCCUGGGCUCUGAGGGCUUCAACUCAGGGUCACACUCCUGGGAUGUUGAAGUUGGAGACAGUACAUGCUGGUAUGUGGGUGUGACCCCAGAGUCCAACCAGAGGAAGGGGGACACCUUCACAUGGGGGAGAGUGUGGUGUGUGGGGUUUGGAGGGGGGUUUAUAGGGCAUGUGCAUUUAUUGAAACAGAACCUCCACACACUCAGAGUGCAUCUGGAUUUGGAUAAAGGACAGGUGUCAUUCUCUGAUCCUAUAAAAAAUACACACUUACACACUUUCAAACACACAUUCGCUGAGAAAGUCCUUCCCUUCUUCUACAGCCGCAGUUCACCACUGAGUAUUUUAACACUGAAGCCCUCGGUGACCAUUGAACAACGCAGACUAUGUUGA